GGAUCAUGGCGGAUGGCCCCAGGUGUAAGCGCAGAAAACAGGCGAACCCGAAGAGGAGCAGCGUGACAGACUUCAACAAUGGCUUGGAGGCCAGUUCGGACUCUGAUGACGAGGACAAGCUACACAUCGUGGAGGAGGACAGCCUGCAGGAGCCUGAGGUCGCCAACGCCGACGGGACCAAAACGCAGGAGAGCCAUGACGCCACCACCACCACCACAACAACAGUAUUACCCCACAACGGCUCCUUGAAUGGAGUGAAGGAGGAGUAUGUGUCAGAAGAGGAAGAGGAGGCUGAGAAGGAUACUCUAGUGGAUGAGAUUCUCCAGCAGGGAGACACGGCCGUCAUCUAUCCUGAAGCCCCGGAGGAUGAGCAGAGUCCAGCAGAGACGGGAGGCGCUGAUGAAAACGGCACCCCGGACUCCUUCUCCCAGUUGCACACCUGCCCCUACUGCUCCCGGGGCUACAAGCGCAACGCCUCGCUGAAGGAGCACAUCAAGUAUCGCCACGAGACCAGCGAGGACAACUACAGCUGCACGCACUGCAGCUACACCUUCACCUACCGCUCGCAGCUGGAGAGGCACAUGAGCCACCACAGGGGCAACAGGGAGCAGCGUCACGUUUCCCAGUCGACAGGUGGAUCAGGAGGAACAGGUGGAACCCGCAAGUUCAAGUGUACCGAAUGUUCCAAGGCCUUCAAGUACAAGCACCACCUGAAGGAGCACCUGCGCAUUCACAGCGGUGAGAAACCAUACGAGUGCUCAAACUGCAAGAAGCGAUUCUCCCACUCCGGCUCCUACAGCUCCCACAUCAGCAGUAAGAAGUGCGUGGGUGCAGCUCCUCCCAAUGGCGUCCCUCGAACGACGAUCAAAUCCCCCCCACCCACCACCCCGACCACACCGGUUGUAAUCGCUCCGGCGCGGAUGAUUCUUAAAGAGAAGACUGAAAGCAAACCCCUCCAGGAGCAGCUCCCCGUCACCCAGAUCAAAUCUGAACCUGUGGAAUACGAGUGCAAGCCUGUGGUGGCGGCACCGGCAACUUCAGCCGGCGGCAACGGCGUAGUGAACGGAGGGACGGCACAGCCAUCUCCGUCUACAACCCUCCCUCAGGGUGUGGCUAUGGUCGUACCAACGGUCGGCCUCAUGUCGCCCAUCAGCAUCAAUCUGAGCGACUUGCAGAAUGUGCUCAAGGUGGCGAUGGAUGGAAAUGUGCUCAGGCAGGUGCUGGGUACAGCUAACGGGAUGGGGAAGCAGGGAAUUGUAGUCCAGCAGGCCUCGCAGCAGAUCAUCAGCCUGCCGGCCUUUGUGGAUCACGACGGCACCACAAAGAUCAUCAUCAACUACAGCAUCAGCCCUGCAGCCGCCACCACUGCCACUACCCAGACUGCUGCGCUUGUUGCCAAAACCAGUCCUGCUCCUCUUCCCACCGUCACCACUGCUGCAGCCCCGACCCCCACCAAGACAGACAAACCCUCAACCCCAGGGGUGACCGGCCUCUCUAUUGUUAAGGAAGAGCCAGAAUCAGUGGCCAUCACAGACAUGAAAACAGAGGCAGCCACACAGAAAGAAAUAACAGCUCAGAUGCCAAAAGUCACCAGUACAUGUUUACUAUGCGAUGACUGUCCCGACAACCUGGAGGCGUUACACCUCCUCCAGCACCGCAAAGCAGCCAAUGGGGAGGCUGUUGACUCUGCAGCUCUGGACCCCUCGUUCGCUGCUCUGCUUAGCGAGGCGGGGGUGACGCUGGAGGAGCCCCCCGUGGACGACCUCCUCUCACUCCUCAAGACCUACUUCGCCUCCAAUGCCAACCCCAGCGAGGAGGAGCUGACAAAGAUCUCAGAGACCGUCAGUAUUCAUGUGGAUGUGGUCAGAAAGUGGUUUGCAAAGAUGAACUAUGGGAAAAAUGUGGGCAAAUACCGCACAAAAGCCACAGAGGUUUCUACAAAGACUGAAACCACAAAUUCCAGCUCAGAGGACGCCUCAAAUCAGAACGGGGUAGCAGAGGAAGACAGUUCCCAAGAAACCUCCAACAAAGCCUCAUCAGAAUCUGGCAGCGCUUCCCCGUCAGACUCUUCACCACUAAGCCUCAACACCGGGGACCUCGUCAUCGUUAAGAGCGAGCCAGAAGACCCGGAAGCACCGGACUCUCAGGCCGAGCCCCUGGACCUCUCCCUUCCUAAACAUAUCGCAGCGGCAUUGGAAACGACCACGCCUCCCGCCAAGCAGCAGGAACAGCCCCUGAACCUGACCUGCCUGAGGAAGGAGCAGCUGGAGGGUCGGACCAUCUACGUCACCACGCCUCAGACCGGACGACCUGUUAGCAUCGUCACUGCCGCACAGCUGCCCACGUUAGUGGCCAUCUCCAGUCAGGGCACGAUUAGCUGUCUCAACGCCAUCAACACCACGACGAAACGCACCAUCCUCAUCCCCCAGCUCACGUACACCUACGCCACGACGGCCGGCAGCGCCACUGGAGCAAAGACUGUCGUGCUGAACGGCCAUAAGCAGGAGAAGAGGCUGGACAGCAGCUCCGACGGCGUCUCCACAGUGGAGCAGCAGAAUGCCGCAAUUCUGAAGAAACGACGGCUGGAAAACGGCCGCUACCAGUGUGACCUUUGCUCCAAAGUCUUCCAGAAGGGCAGCUCUCUGCUAAGGCACAAAUAUGAACACACGGGAAAACGACCCCACGAGUGCAACAUCUGCAAGAAGGCCUUCAAACACAAACACCACCUGAUCGAACACUCGAGGCUGCACUCCGGUGAGAAACCCUACCAGUGCGACAAGUGCGGGAAGCGGUUCUCUCACUCUGGCUCGUACUCCCAGCACAUGAACCACCGCUACUCCUACUGCAAGAAGGACGGGCCCAACUCGGGCCCUGAUUCGGGGCCACGCGAGGCUCAGUCGGAGCUCGGCAGCCCCGGCGCCGGACUGCAGUCGGACAGCCGGACCACGACCCCGCCCUCCCAACUGGACUCAGACGAGAGGGAGAGCGAGGAAGAGGAGGACGAGGACGAUGAGGCCAUGUGUAUGGACGACAUCCGGGUCGUGCAGGUGGACGACGGCGAGUGCGAGAUCUACGAGGGUAACUUUGAGGAUGACGACGACGAGGAGGGAGAGGAGAUCACGGAGGAAGAGACGACGGGAGAGGAGGAGGCGGAGGGGGAGAAGAUGGACGAGGAGGUCGUUUGUGACGUGAUGGAGAUCGAGGUGGGGGAGGAUCACAUGGAAGACGAGGAGAUGGAGGAAACGGAGGAAGAAAAGAAGGAAGCGACAAGUGCGGAUACAGAGGAAAUGCCAGACUGUGAAGCAAAUACGGACAAAAGCGUCAGGGAAGAGUCAGACAGCGCCGAACCCACGGAGGAAGUGGUGACAACAAACGCCAAAUAAAGGGUGGAGAAUCCCCACGGCAUAGCUCGAAACCCUCGGUGUAUGAAACCGAGUUAAUUAAGACAAAGAAACGCAGAAAAGUCAAGAGAAGUCACGGCGGUUGCCUGAUCUAAACGGUCCACUACUGUGUACAAAACCCAGGUGUGCCUGAACUUGAAAAAAAAGAAAAACAAAACAGUGACUUUUUUCUUUUUUUUUUUCUUGUGGAAAUGAAAUAUCAGUGUUAAAAAUUGUUUAUAGAAGUACAGAUUUUAAAGCAGAAAACUCACCCGUCAACUUGUUACUGAGACAUCCCAGGUUGUUUUUAUUGUUUGUUUGUUUUCAUUUGGUCAGUGUUACUAAUCUUGUUAUUGUUUGACUGAAACAUUUUAACCUGUAAAGAUGAGAAAGAUUUCUAUACCUUUUUAUUGCCAAUGAAGUUUCCUAAAUCAGUAUUUUAUUGAGUUCUACGAACAAAAACCUCUGCACUACAGUAUUCCUGGUUUACCUAUGGAUACAUGCCUCAUGCAUCGUAUGCCCUUCAGUGUUAUAUGCGUACGCUAGCUAGCGAGAUGUUGUUUGCGUUAGUGUUAGUCUUUGCUAGCUAGCAUUACUUUUGUUUUUCAGUUUGACUGUUAGCCUUAAGGAAAACUAAGUAUUCUUGGGGGGGGGGGGUUGUGUGCGGGAUGAGAAGGUGGCUCCUGUGCGCCAUAACCAAAUUUGUCCUAUCAGGGAAGGUGGAGUCACAACCUUAAAGCCAGCAUCAGGCGGACAGUGUUUCGCAACCCGGCGCAGCCUGUACGGGUGGAGUCUUCCUGUGAAGAUUCAAAAGCGGCCUCCACCUCGCCCGGCUCGGCUGUGGUUCCAGAAACACGGGCGCCCGUUCUUACCAAGCUUCUCCUUGUUUUGGUCGACUUUAGUUCAGAGUCAGUGUUUCAGUGUUAUUAGCUUCUCUAUGAAGUCAUACUGUACGUGGAGGAACAGGGCUGUUCCCUGCUCCACCCCAAUGCCUCCAGCCUUAUGCAAGACCUGUGUGCUGUUAAAAGUGCCAUUGAACAGUGUUAUCAUUUCUUCUUCACACAUGUAGCCAGUAUCAUGUCCCUCUGUUACUGACACCAGACCCGUGUUGACUAAUGUUUGUCGACUUGCACAGAGCAGCUAAUUUGCCACAAUUACUAAAAGAAAGGAGCAAAAAAUGACAGAAGCGAAUUAAUCAGUUAUUAAAAAUUCUGCCGCUGAUUUUUGCAGAUCAACUAACAAAUUGCUUAAUCAACUAAUAGUUUUGCCUCUUCAUAGUAUGUAUUUGAAAAAAUGAAUAUGCAUGUUUGAUGUUGAGGAAUAACCUUCAGCUAUGGCCCAGUUGACAGUCCCAGUUACUCCAAAAAUGUAGUUCAAAAGUGUAAAAGUUUUGAAAGCGGAGGAAUGUGUGGGAACCAUUGAGAAAAACAGUCCAGACUGAUCUUACAUGCAGAUAUGAAAUGCUUUGUAAACUUGACAUGAUCAGUUACCCGCAGAUGUUAAAAACCUUUUUUUUUAAAUGCAAGUUAAAGUGUUUGAAGUCAUGAGUUUUAAAAAUGUUUACAUAAGUGCUUCAAAAAAGAAAAUUGAAAUAUUCAAAGCUUCAAACAUGCAUGGAAUAUUAUCCAGCUCCAACUGUACUCUCUGCUCCACCUGGUUGACUCUGGAAGAAAUCAGAAAUGUACAAAAAACACAGAUCAAAUUCAAGGAAAAUGUAGACAUAAAGAUUUUAAAUUUUGCCAAACUUGUGCACUUGUUUUCAGAUGGGAAAUAAAAAGAUGAUUUGUGGCAAGCUGUCCCGCACUUCAGGUAACAAACGUUAGUGAACGUGGUCUCUGUGGAAGUGUUUUCAGUUGGUUUUACCGAACAGUGUUUAUAAUAUUAGUCUGUUUUUAUUGUUUUAUGUGUGUCCUCUGUACGUUUUUCAACAAUGGCAGUAUUAGAACCCUUUUCACAGAUUAAAAAAAAUGUACCUGUUUAGUUUUUAGAAGACUUUUUUAUAUUUAUGUGUCUUAUUUUUAUAUUUUCUUUUAUGGUUAUUUAUUACACAUUGUAGUGUACAUUACUGUAGUUUGAAUUGAUACAAUAAUAUAUUUUAGUAUGAAAAAUAAUCUCAAGACAAACAAAAAAAAAAGCCCAAAUGUGGUUCUGGGAGCUGAAGUUUGUUUUAUCAAAAAUAAAAAAAAACAUAAAAAGAUAAAACAUGUAUUCUGUAAACAUGACUUCUGUUUUAAGCUAAAAAAAAAAAGAAAGAAAAAAGGCAGGAAUGAAGUGAGAAAUAGAAACUGUUACAUGUGCAUCCGCUCUUUGCGUCGUUAUGAAGCUACUGAAUUCUAAAACUCUGUGAUUUUAAAAGCAUGAGUCGUCGCCGUUUUAUUGAAGGAUCUUGUUAUGAAGCCUCCCUUUUUAUUUCCAAGCCAAAUUUAAAUCCUCCCGCCUCCCUGUUUUCUGUUCUGUGCCAACUUGUUCCAUUGUACUGUCGACGGCUGCAUAUCGUUUGUUCUGUCCUCACCCUUUGUAAAUCCACUGUCUUUUUCUAUUGUUUUUAUUUUAGUUUUGCUCCAUUUUUAUGACUCCCCAUCACAAUAAAAUAUAAG